CAUAGACAGUCGUUUUUCAAAAUUUCUUCUGUAAACAUGUAUAAACUCUUGUGUUUUUUGUCACUAAUCCUAAAAAGCAACGCUUUUAAUUUGGACUUGAGUCAUACGAUUAUUUUCGAAGAUCCAAGUUCGCGACCAAAUGAAAACUAUUUUGGAUUUUCGGUAGUGUUGACUAAAAAAACAAAGGAUCACCCUGAAAGAGUAUUUAUUGGAGCCCCUAAACAAACUGAUUUGUCAUCGAAAGGUGGAGUGAUGUAUAAAUGUAAUUUCACUGAGGGCUGUUCAAAUUUAAACUUCCCAAGCGAAAUUGAGCAAGUUGGUUUCAUUAAUGCUUUUAUUGGAGGCAGCGCAGAUAUCAAUAAUAAUAAUACGUUACUUAUUACUAGUGCUUAUACUGCUUAUCAAGGAAUUGGAGAAGAAAAUAACCCAAAAGGAUUUCUGUUUUUAACCGAUUUAAGAAACGAUAAAAGUAAUCUUAUAUAUCCCUUUAAAAAUGAAAAAAACAUGGUAAAUGAAACAAUGAAGAAAACGAAAGGCUCAAUACUGAUUGCAAAAACAAAAACAUCCCAAGCAGGAUUUUCUGUUCAUUUUCAUAAGACCGAAUCCAGUACUUUAUUAAUGGGAAGUCCAGGAUAUUAUGCCACCAUAGGAUCUGCCUUAAAAUUAAAUCUAGAUAAUAACGUUUUAACUAAACAUUUCUCUAACGAGCAUGAAUAUUUUUCUGGAUACUCGGUUUCGUCAGGAAAUUUGUACAAACAAGGACAAACAGUGUACAUAAAAACAUCCCCCUUUGCCUACGAUGGAUUGGGACAAAUUAUAAUAUUUUUCAAUCAUACUAGUCUUCAAUCACAAACUUCAGAAACUAUAGAACAUAUAAGAAGCAAAAUACCCGGAGAUGGAUUCGGGUACUGCACAACCACUGGAGACAUCGACGGCGACCAUUUGGACGACAUUGUCGUAGGGGCGCCAUUCUACAAAACCAAAACGUUUAAUGAAGGAGCCGUUUAUGUUUAUCUAGGCAGCACAGCGGGAAAAGUGCACCCUUCAGUAGAAGGUCCCUUUAUACAUGGCAACCAUACCAAUGGACAUUUUGGAAUGUCGGUUAUGUUUUUGAACGAUAUUAAUGCCGACGGUUUUGGAGAUGUUGCUGUUGCUGCCCCAUUUCAAGAUAAAGGUGUUGUGUACAUUUACCAUGGCACAGCAACAGGUUUAAACCCGUCCGCAUCUCAAAAAAUCCAAGGAAAAAGUGUAUAUCAGAAUUUAAAAGGAUUUGGUUUUAGUUUUUCAAAACCAUGCGAUGUUUUCAACAAAAAUGUGAGCGAUUUGGCGAUUGGCUCGUUUUUGUCCGGACACGCGGUAAUUUUAAGGGGAAGACCUGUUGUGGUUGUGACAACAUCCUUGGUGUCCAUUCCGCCAUAUUUAAACAAAAACGCCACAGAAUUCAUUUUACAAGCGACGUACAUCGUUGAGAAUAAACACCACCCAAAUCAAACUAUGGAGAACAUAACAUUAACAAGAACCAUAGAAAUAGACACAGAUUUUAAAAGAACCAAUUUUUCUUACUCCACUGAGAAUAUCACCAUAAAUAUUGGAACUUCAAAAACUGAAAAUAUAUCGGUUAAAAUAGACAACAAAAUUAAAGAAACCGUUCCAGUAAAGUUGACUUACGUUUUUGUGGAUGAAGGUCAAAAGACACCUAAAAACAUAAUGAUUAAAAAUAAGACAACAAAUAAUAUUCACGGCGAUUCAUUUUGCUUGCGUUGUCCAAUCAUAGACAAGGAAAGAUCGAGCGGGCCAAAAACAAUCGACGUACAUUUUGGUGUAGGAUGCACGAAUGAUAAUAUUUGCCAAUCGAAUUUGACGCUGGGACUUCGACUGCUAGACUUGGAAAACAAUACUUUUAACACUGGUACAAAUAAGAAGUCCUUUGUAACACUUGAGGUUGAUAUUCAAAAUUCUGGCGAAUAUGCUUACUCUAACGAAUUAAUAGUAAAACUACCAAAGGGGUUAAAGCCUCUUAAAACGGACAUUUCGUGUAAUUCAAUUAAAAAUGAAACGGAAGUUCUCAAGUGCCCGCUCCCUCGUCCUAUAGUUAAAAGUGAACAGGUAAAAUUUGAUUUGGAUUUAGAAGAAGCAAUAGCCGGAUCUUUCAGUGGACAUCUUUUAAUUACUGUGGAACUAAAAACAAAAAGUAAAAAUGAAAACAAUUUGACCAAAGAAAUUUACUUGAACAUAGAUAGGGACGUAGAUAUUUAUUUGGACGGUCUAUCGGGAGCAAAGGCCUACGAAUUAUCCAAAAAUGGAUCAACGACUUUCACACAGACAUACAGAGUUGUUAAAGAAGGUAGCAGUACGAUAGGAAAAGUUGAAGUAUCAUUUAAAUUUCCAUCCUAUAUUUCUACGAAUGAAGUAGGGUUUAUACAGUUUAUGUAUAUAGAAAUUCCAAAUAAAUGUUUCUUCAAAUAUGGCGGGAAUUCUGAACCCGAAGGAGGACCAAAUGAUUUCAGGAGAAAAAGAGAGGUUCCCGAUCACAAUUCUCAAUUAAAAGAAUUAAACUCGAGCAACAUUGUGGUGUCAAAGUCCUUAUAUCGCUUUAAUAUUGCUAGACCUACCGAAAUAAUAUGCACAGUUGGACCAUUUAAUGAAAAUGUCAUUGAUGAAUCGCUUAGUUUUACUAUGCAUUUAAAGGAAAACGUACUUUUUGAUAUUUUAGGAGGAAAAAAGAAACAAAUUUUGUAUGAAUCCUAUGGAGAGGCAAAAAUAAUAAUGUCCGAUGGUGAAUUCAAAGAAUCCGGAAAUAGAUCCAACAGUUACACAGUAUCCACUGUGUUUGUAGAUAAAUUAGAAGUUACAGAAAUCUCGAUUUGGUAUAUUGUUGCAGCUGUAAUAGCUGGGUUUUUAUUAUUCCUCUUGAUAGUCUUUAUUUUGAUGAAAGCAGGAUUUUUCAAAAGGGAAACCAAGAAAAAACUAAAAAAACUCAAGGAGGAGAACCUAUCCUAUCCGAAUGCUAGUAAUGAAGAUUUAUUAAACAAUGAUAACGUCUUUACCCCACUGCCAGAGGAUGCUGCUGAUGGAGAUCCAGAAGAAACCUUUACUGAGAGUCAUUAUGCAAACCCAGAAGUAUUAUUUAAUUAA